CAAAUACGUCUCUACUACCUCGCAUAUCAAUUACCUUAAAUCAUUUUUUCUUAAGCUAACUGAAUCGAAACCCCAGAACAAGAAGAUGGAUGGCUCUUCAUUGCAAACUCCAGUUGCUAAGAGGCUAGAAGGAAAGGUAGCCAUAAUAACAGGAGGAGCUUCAGGCAUCGGCCAAAGCACUGCAAGACUAUUUGCCAAGCACGGUGCUAAGGUUGUGAUUGUAGAUGUCAAUUCUGAAUUAGGUCAAUCUGUAGCCUCACAAAUACAGUCAGAGUUCAAGCAACCAGUUACUUACGUCAACUGCGACGUUUCGAACGAAAAAGAUAUCGAAAACGCGGUCAACACAGCUGUUUCACUACACGGAAAGCUCGACAUAAUGUUCAACAAUGCAGGAAUCGGCAGUCGGGACUACGAAAUAGCAGCAAUCGAACACGAAAGGUUUCGACAAGUGAUGGACAUAAAUGUUUACGGCGGAUUCUUGGGCGCCAAACACGCGUCAAGAGUAAUGAUUCCGCAAAAGAAAGGGUGUAUCCUCUUCACAGCGAGCGGCGCAUCAGUAUUAGCUGGAACACCGUACGCUUACAUGGCGUCGAAAUGUGCCGUAGUCGGGCUAACGAAGAACUUAGCGGUCGAAUUGGGAAAGUACGGUAUAAGAAGUAAUUGUAUUUCGCCUGCUCUUGUACCGACUCCAAUGGCAGCUGCAGAUUUGGGUAUGAACACUAAGGAACUUGAGGAAUUAGGUUCGAGUAUGUCAUGUCUGAAAGAGGUAAAGUUAGAUGCUGAUGAUAUUGCAGAAGCGGCAUUGUUCUUCGCUAGUGAUGACUCUAAAUUUAUCAGUGGAAUGAAUCUUCUUGUUGAUGGAGCUGCAACUCUGCCAAAGAUGUGAAUUUAUUAGACGGCGCUUUUGCAUAAUUACAAUUCGUUCAUGUACUGAUAUAAAGAAAAAUAAAAUAUAUAUCUGAUUAUUGUUCUUGUUCCAA